CGUUGGAUAACACCUAAUAAAAAUUCCCUUUUCUAUUAAAUUCCGAAUAUUUCUUUAAUGAAUCCAACCAAGAUUGAAACUCUGUCCUAAAGAAACGUAUAUAUAUUCAGUUUCGGUUGCGUUGCGUAUUAACCGCUGAUUCUUUUCCCAGAAAACUCCACAACUCAGUUAGCACCUUCUAUUUCUUCAAGGUAUCUAAAGAGAGAGAUAGGUUUGUAUUGGGGAGCAAGUCAAAGGGUGUUGUGUUGUGUUGUGGGCAAUGGGAGAAGAGAGAGAUGGUGGGGUGAAUGGAUUAAUAGAUGGGAUGCCUGUUUUUGUGAAGGAGCUAAUUGCUGGUGGUGUGGCUGGUGGAUUUGCCAAGACCGUUGUUGCCCCUCUCGAACGCGUCAAGAUCUUGUUCCAGACCAGAAGAGCUGAGUUCCAUAGUCUUGGUUUAUUGGGAUCCUUCUCAAAAAUUGCGAAAACAGAAGGGGUGCUUGGUUUUUAUAGAGGGAAUGGAGCUAGUGUCGCACGCAUUGUUCCUUAUGCGGCACUGCAUUAUAUGGCCUAUGAAGAAUAUCGAAGAUGGAUCAUCUUGGGUUUUCCCGAUUUUGGGAGAGGCCCUGUCCUUGAUCUUGUAGCUGGAUCAUUUGCAGGAGGAACAGCUGUGCUCUUUACUUAUCCUCUCGAUUUAGUUCGGACAAAACUGGCUUAUCAGGUUGUUGAAUCCUCAAAAAUCGCUGUACAGAGGCAUGCUCAGAAAGAUAUAUUCUACAAUGGAAUUCGGGAUUGCUUCUCCAAGAUAUACAAAGAGGCUGGCAUGAGAGGCCUCUAUAGAGGUGUUGCUCCGUCUCUCUAUGGAAUCUUUCCUUACGCUGGACUGAAAUUCUAUUUCUACGAGGAAAUGAAAAGGCACGUCCCCGAAGAUCACAAGAAGGACAUCACGGUUAAGCUCGUGUGUGGCUCAGUUGCAGGCUUACUCGGACAAACAUUCACAUACCCUCUUGAUGUUGUCAGGCGGCAAAUGCAGGUCCAACGGUUGAUAAUAUCCGACAGCAGUCCUAUGAAAGGGACUGUUGAAUCUCUUGUCACGAUUGCCCGGACGCAAGGGUGGAAGCAGUUAUUCUCUGGGCUCAGCAUCAACUACCUCAAGGUCGUGCCUUCAGUCGCAAUCGGAUUUACUGUUUAUGAUGUUGUGAAAGCAUCACUGCGAGUUCCGUUGAGAGACGAGGGAGUUGCAUCGGAGCAAAGGCAUAGUCAGCCAUCAUCGCUGCCUUCGUCGCCUUCAUUAUCUCAAACUCAACAGUAGUUCUCUCAUUCUUUGCUAAGGUAUUGUUGAAUGCCAGCUCCAACAUAUAGGAUCAUUUAGAUAAGUACACAUUCAUAGUGUAUUACUUCAAGAUGUAGUAUAUGCAUUUAUUUACAUUCUAAUAAAUCAUCAUGAGAUGAGAAGAUGUUCAAUCUCAUAAUGAGAGAGGUAUGAGCAUAAUCACUCUUGAUCAUCAUAUUCUAUACGUAAAUCCCAAGUAGUUUAGGUUGCGAAUUUGCCCGUUUCUAUGUUGAUAAACCUUUUAUCGAACUCGAGCUCAGCUCAUGCAUAUGCUUUUGAGUCCUAUUUUAAAUCUCGAAAUGUAAGAGCAUCCACAUGCAGAGUCCCUUGCUGCUCUAUGAAAAGCUACCCCCUCCACAAUAGGGGCUUUA